AUGAAGCUUCCUAUCGCCAUUUUGGCCGUCGGCCUUAGCACGACUGCGAUUACCGGGACGGAGUUUUGUGGCGAGUGGAACUCCACGGAAACCAGCGACUACAUUCUGUACAACAACUUGUGGGGGGCAUUUGACGACCCCAACGGCAGUCAGUGCACAGGACUCGACAGCGUCGAUGGCUCAACUAUCGCUUGGCACAUGAGAUACAAUUGGGCUGGGACUCCAUAUCAAGUGAAGUCGUUCCCUAACGCUGCACUCAAGUUCGACCCCGUGCAGCUGUUGAAUGUCAAGUCAAUCCCUGCCACCAUCGAGUAUGAGUUCGAAUACAGUGAGAACACCAUCGCGAAUGUUGCGUUCGAUCUCUUCACGAGGUCGACCAUCGAUGGGGCUGUCGAGUACGAAGUCAUGGUGUGGCCGGCGGCCCUCGGCGGUGCUUUGCCUUUGUCGACGUCGGGUAAGCCAAUCAAGACGACAAAUAUUGGCGAUGUGGAUUUCACCCUCUACCAGGGCAUGAACGGAAAUAUGACUGUGCUCUCGUAUGUUCCCGACAAAAUGAUAACAAAUUUCUCCACCGACCUUAAGAAGUUUUUUGACGAACUUCCGAAGAGCUACGCUAUCGCCCGAACGCAGUACUUGACGCACGUGCAGGGUGGCGCGGAGAUCCUCGUUGGCAAUGGUACGUUAACGGUGUCCAAGUACCAAGAGGCAGUCCACACGACUAAACACAAUUCUUCCAAAAUGACUACUUAG